AGCAGCCAUUUUUGACAGCCAAACCUAUUUAAAUUAGUUUUUGGUGGCCACUCGCAAAGACUCCGAGCAGCAAGGAGAAACUGGAGGAAUGCAUGGUUCAAAGAAACACUGAGUUGCCGACACUAUUCCUUGACCUAAGGCCAUGGACACACGAACCGUUGGAUGUUUGGGAGGAGGUCAGCUGGGCCGCAUGAUGGUCUAUGCCGCACACCGUUUGGGCGUGCGCAUGUGUGUUUUGGACCCCUUGGGCGAAUCCAGCCCGGCUGGCCAGGUGUCAGAGUUGUCAAUCAAGGGCAGCUUUCAGGAUGCUGAGAAGAUCAGAGAGCUGGCCAGCAAAUGUGACAUUUUGACCCUGGAGGUCGAGCAUGUGAAUGCCCAGGCUCUGGAGGAGCUCCAUCUCAAGGGCGUUCCUGUACAGCCGCUUCCCUUUGUGGUGAAGCUCAUCCAAGACAAGUACGAUCAGAAAGUGCAUUUGCAAAAGCACCGUAUUCCCCUUCCAGACUUUCUGAAAGUUGACAGCGAAGCUGAGCUGCACGAGAUCGGCGAGAAGUUUGGCUACCCUAUGAUGCUGAAAAGCCGCUUUGGAGCAUACGAUGGUAAAGGCAACGCAGUGGUGAGUGAUGCUGCAAGCAUCCCAGCAGCCUGGGAAAAGCUGGGAGGAAAGGCCGGCAAGAAGUUGUACGUCGAAAAGUGGGCACCUUUCAAGAUGGAACUCGCCGUUAUGGUCGCACGUGGUGUUGAUGAAACCAUGAAUGUCACAAUGCGCACCUACCCAGUGGUGCACACUGUGCAGCGGGAUAGCGUUUGCUUUACUUGCUUGACACCGCCAGUUGGUGUCACCCAGAAAGAGCAAGAACUUGCGCAGAAGAUCGCAACGGAUGCGAUCAAAAGCUUUGGCGAUGCCCGAGGCAUUUUCGGCGUUGAGAUGUUUCUUUUGGACGAUGGCUCGGUGCUGCUGAAUGAGAUUGCACCCCGACCGCACAAUACUGGUCACUACACCAUGGAAGCGUGUGGUGUCGACCAGUUCGAGCAGCAUCUCAGAGCAGUGUUGGGCUUGCCUCUUGGUGACUGUCACUUGCGUGUUGGCGGUGCUAUGAUGGUGAAUAUCCUGGGCCAGGGAAGCACCCCGGAACUUACGGCUCAGACGAUGGCACCUUUGCGUUGUGCGCUUCGUGUGCCAGAUGCUGGCAUCCAUUGGUAUGGCAAGGAUGGCUGCGUAAAGGGCCGCAAGAUGGGCCAUAUCACUGUGACUGGCUUCACACCAGCUAGUGCACUAGAGCAAAUUCGACCUGUCCUCAAAGCCGUUGAUGGUGAAGGAAACUCUUCGAGCAUCGAAGUGCCGCACAAGAGCUCACCUAGCGUGGGGAUCAUCAUGGGGAGCGACAGCGACCUUCCAACGAUGAAGGAUGCUGCAGUCGUGCUUGAUGAUUUCGGAAUCCCCUAUGAAAUCAGCAUCGUGUCCGCGCACCGAACGCCUGAGUACAUGUACGAGUAUGCCACGACCGCAGCAGAUCGCGGAAUCAAUGUCAUCAUUGCUGGUGCCGGGGGUGCAGCACACUUGCCCGGUAUGGUGGCAGCGCUGACGCCUUUGCCUGUGUGUGCCAACGGACAUCCACAGACCAUGCUCCCGAUUGGUGUGCCUGUCAAGUCGUCAGCGCUGUCUGGCAACGACUCUUUGCUGUCCAUAGUGCAGAUGCCGAAAGGUAUUCCUGUGGCAACUGUGGCAAUUGGCAAUGCAGCUAAUGCUGGCCUUUUGGCUGUGCGAAUCCUUGGUGCUGCAAACCCAGGCAUGCGGCAAAAGAUGGCACAGUUCAUGGCCAAUGAAGCCACCACUGUGGAGAAGAAAAGGAGGAAACUCGAACAGGUCGGCUGGCAAGCCUAUUUGGCUGACAGCAAAUAGACUGCAAGAUCGGCUUUGGGGAGAUCUGAUUUCGGAUUCCAUUGAGUUCGAUGAGAUGCUGGAUCCUGGGAAUUGAUCCGCAAGAUGGGCAGUCCAUGUUUCGUGGGUGAGAGCUGCUCGCCGAGCGUUUUUGCGCGGCACACCCGGGCACUGUGAAGCUCUGGAAUGUUCCUCCACUGAAGUGGAACACGGCCCAUUCGUGAAUGGUUGGCUGGGGCAAGUGUUCCACUUCCGCUCAGGUAGGGGUG